CUCUCAUUGGACACUCAACGAUUUCUACACCUAGAGAGGAAUCGUUAAAUCCUAGACACAUAAAAAUGUUAAGGGUCAUGACCCAUAUGUUAAUGGGUAAUCCAUAGAGAAACUUCAUAGCUUGUGUUUGUAACCAGGGCACCUCCACGUGGUGAUGGUGGGCAACAGAGCUGUCUGGCAAAGUCCCUGGGUUAACGAAGUGUACGCCGUCAUGGCAAAUACAAGUAAUGAGUAUGUUACGAUGCAGGGAUACGGAGUCCCAGUAUCGGCGUCUGGUCAGAGUGAGAAAGCAGGCUCGCAGGCGUCGUCAUCAAACGACUGCAGCUCUCCAGUAGUGGGCAACUUGGCUACUGAAGAGUAUACUGUUACAGGAAGUAAUCGAGGAUCGUUGUCUGUUAAGACAACAAAAGUAUCAGAAAAAAGCAAAUGUAAGCCGGUCAAAAGGCCUGCAAAGCCCUUAAGCGAGAAAUUAGAGGAGAGAAAGGAGAAAAGAAGGCUCUAUAUGAGAAAUUAUAGAGCCCAGCAGUCAAAGAAGGGUAAAGAGGCUCGUUUGCAGCAAAUGCGUCAGCAUAAAGCUGAAAAACGAAUCUCUGAAUCGGAUCAGGCUAGAGAGGCUCGUUUGCAGCAAAUGCGUCAGCACAAAGCUGAAAAACGUACUUCAGAAUCUGAUCAGGCUAGAGAGGUUCGUUUGCAGCAAAUUCGUCAGCAUGAAGCUGAAAAACGAAUCUCUGAAUCAGAUCAGGCUAGAGAGGCUCGUUUGCAGCAAAUGCGUCAGCACAAAGCUGAAAAACGUACUUCAGAAUCUGAUCAGGCUAGAGAGGUUCGUUUGCAGCAAAUUCGUCAGCAUGAAGCUGAAAAACGAAUCUCUGAAUCAGAUCAGGCUAGAGAGGCUCGUUUGCAGCAAAUGCGUCAGCACAAAGCUGAAAAACAUACCUCAGAAUCUGAUCAGGCUAGAGAGGUUCGUUUGCAGCAAAUUCGUCAGCAUGAAGCUGAAAAACGAAUCUCUGAAUCGGCUCAGGCUAGAGAGGCUCGUUUGCAGCAAAUGCGUCAGCACAAAGCUGAAAAACGUACCUCAGAAUCUGAUCAGGCUAGAGAGGUUCGUUUGCAGCAAAUUCGUCAGCAUGAAGCUGAAAAACGAAUCUCUGAAUCGGAUCAGGCUAGAGAGGCUCGUUUGCAGCAAAUGCGUCAGCACAAAGCUGAAAAACGUACCUCAGAAUCUGAUCAGGCUAGAGAGGUUCGUUUGCAGCAAAUUCGUCAGCAUGAAGCUGAAAAACGAAUCUCUGAAUCGGAUCAGGCUAGAGAGGCUCGUUUGCAGCAAAUGCGUCAGCACAAAGCUGAAAAACGUACCUCAGAAUCUGAUCAGGCUAGAGAGGUUCGUUUGCAGCAAAUUCGUCAGCAUGAAGCUGAAAAACGAAUCUCUGAAUCGGAUCAGGCUAGAGAGGUUCGUUUGCAGCAAAUGCAACAACGAAACGCCGAGUCCAGAAGACUAAGUAGAGCCAGUAUAACCGGCUUUAUAAAGACAAUUAACACAUUUUGUGAUAAGAUAUGUGAAAUUUGUACUAAACGGUGCUAUACACAUCAAAUUUCUAACUGGAUUGUUGAUACUAAAACGGCACCCUAUCUGCCAGACGAAUUAACACAAAAGAAUAGCUUGGUUGUUUGCAAUCGUUGCAAGAGUCAUUUGACUUCAAAGAAAGUGGUAGCACCAUCAAAAUCUUACUGGAACAAUUUAGAUCCAGGUACUAUUCCAGAAGUAAUUUCAGUAUUAACUCAAGCUGAACAAAGGCUAAUUUCACGCAUUAUUCCAUUUGUUAAAAUUAUAAAAUUAAGCGGCAUAUUUGGGCAAUAUAGUUUUCGUGGUCAAGCGGUAUUGUUCGCGCAGGAUGUUUUCGAAGUCACUGAAAAUCUUCCGAACAUGUUACCAAGAACCACUAAAAAUGCUGGAAUAGUUGUCAUUACUGAGCGUCUUGAAAAUGUCAAUGUAACACGACAGUUUUUCGUAUAUAGGGAAAAGGUAUAUGCCGCUCUCCGUUGGUUAGUUGCUAACAAUCCACUUUAUAAAGACGUCACUAUAGAUCAAAACGUCGUAAUCGAUAAUGAGGACAUCAUUCGAGUAGAACAAGCACCACCAGAAAUCCCUGAGAAGACUAGUGAAGAACCUACUGAGGAGACUAGUGCAUAUAUGAGUAUCAGCGAUAGUUCGAGAAUUGUACGUGCUUCGUGGCAUCAAGGAAAUGAUGCUAUAUUCACAUCAGGAUUUGCAGGCGUCCAAUGCUGUGCGAUGGCACUGUCCAACAUCUUAAGGGCCAGUAUUCUUACACCACAACACUGGUCGACAAACACCCUCAAUCUGAAUAUGAUAAUAGGCGACCAAAUCUACGGCGACGUAAGAUAUCAAACAGAAAUAAAAUUGAUCGCGUAUCCUAUUGAAAAUGAUGGAUACCUGCAAGUGCGAAAUUUCAAUGUGAUCAAAGAUGAAUUAUUCGCAUUUGGUAAAAGGUUUGAGAUCACCAUCGAGGAUGAUCCGAACAUAUAUGGAAACUUGUGUGAUAAGUAUAAUGCAGAAGACCUUGGUCGCACUCUUUGUCAAGGUCUGGAAGACUUAUUCUUGUCACAUAGUGCCGGCAUAUUAAUAACAGGUGGACAGUCGUUCGGAGUGAUGUACUAUAAUGACAAAUAUUACUUCAGCAAUUCUCACUCUUGUGGUCCAAAGGGAUCCAGAGCGAAUGAAAGCAAUGGAAAAGCUUUGCAUUAUCGAAUGCGAUAA